CCUGGGUAAGGGUAACAUAACAAGGAUAUGGUUGGAGAAGUCCUGGGUUUACACAACUCGUCCCGUGCCCCCAAUUUAUCCGCUUCGACUUUGGGUGCUUUGGCCACGGCAGGGAGACAGCCAUAAUUGAAGCCAUUGCACAAUGGUAAGCAGGAUCUCUAAAUCACGAAAUAUUCUGAUAGGGUAGAUGCAAUUUACUUGUUUCCAGUAUCACCAUCAGUUGGCCUCUUUGAGCAUCUACAGGACGACGCAGCUGGCAACUGCAGCAAUGAGCAAGGAAGCAGGGGACCAGCCCCCGGCCUCAACGCCGCCGGUGGCGGCGACGAGGACGGCGCCCGUGCCUUCAUUAUCCAGGUUGGCCUAUAGGUGGAAUUAAUCUCACUUCGUAAUGCCGACCCCAUGAAAGGUUAAGGAUGAGGUGGUGAGAUGCGUGCUUGCAGGCAUGAGCAAGGAGCAGAUGUUCCGAGAGCUUCGCUUGAGGGGAUUACACCCCGCGGUCGUGUUUGCCGUUUACAAGGAGCUUCGUGACCAGAACAAUGGCUUCUUCAGAGAGCACUACGUGAAGAUGGAUUUGAGGAAGCAGGCCGAGCGACUCAAACGCCUGCUGCAUCACUACAGAACGGUGCGCGACGCGGGUGCUGCCGGUGCGACGACAGCGCUAGGAACAGCGGCGCACGCAAUGUCCAUCCCGGACGGCGUGGGAGGGUUGACGGAAGCCCCUGAACACCGCACCGUCCCAAUUGGGUUGAACGGCGGCGCCUGCCUAGUUAGUUCAAGCAUCGGCGACGACAGUCGGUUUGCCGCCUAUGCGCAGACCACGAGGACGCCUGCGCUGAACGAACAAAUGCUUCUUCAGAGAGAGCAGCCGGUUAUUCCCAACGGCGGCGUCCAUGGGACAGUGCCAUCAUCGGCAGCUUGUGCUACUUCCAACCGUGCCAUGGCGGUCUCCUAUCCAAGGCCCCCCGGCAACCGUGAGCAAGCUGAACUGCUGAGGCAACGGUGGGCUGCAGGUGCGAGCGUCGUCUGGACACGGGACUCUUAUUGGCAACGGCCAUCAGUCCCGCCAUCAUCUGUUGAGACGCCGCCAGAGAACAGUGACAACCAGGGUCAGGCUGCUCCACGGCACGGCAGGCAAGCUGAUGAACCUAUGCUGGAGUGGAAGCCUAGCAGGCAACCAAAUAUACCAAUUGAGUGCCUACCGGAGUACCGGAAUCAUCCCGUGAAUCUUGCUUCGCGGCUCGGCGAGCAAACUGUAUCGCUGCAUCAACGGCGGUCUGAUGACACCAACUGAAUGUCUACGGGGCUAAUCAUUACGAUCACUUUGCUUCGCAGUAAUAUCCUCGUUAGUGUACAACUUUUGACAGAUUUGUACAGUAGAAUGGCUAGUUACGGAGAUGGAGUACUAUUAAUUUUUUUUUGGACCAACGGAGAUACUAUUAGUUGGAUGGAAAUAAACCGAGAUCUUUUGGUUUCAAAAAAGUACUCAGGUGUACCAGAAAAUAGAUUGUCUAUCAAUUCUAACCAACUUUUUUCAAGGCAGAAUGGAAAUAAACUAAUUUUCAACAAAAUUUCGCACACUAACACAACAUUAGCCCUCCAACACAUCAUUCUUCUGAAUUGUUUGAAGCUUGAAAACAUGGCUUCUAUGGAAUUUACACUAACAGUUUUAACCUGAUAUUUCAACUAAUAAUAACAUUUACAGUUAUGUGGAUGUCAUUGGGGGCAUGGAAGACGCGAAGCAAAGCUAGCACGAGACGAACAACAAAGUUCCUCAAAUAAACUCCGUGUAGAUACUGUUGGCGAUGCCCUGAAGCCAGGACUGCGGGUACGCAAAAUUUUCUUCCAUUCACGAGCCGUUCUAACGAUACAGUGAAAUACAGUUCUAAUCAUACAGUGAAAUACAGAACUAUACACGUUCACUCGCAUCAUCCGUCCAACAUUCAAAGUA